GCAAGUGAAAUUGGCAACGAUUCUGCUGUCAAAAAUUAAAAACAAAAAAAUAAAAUGUCAUUCUUGUGAUCGAGUCCGAUUUUGGAUUUCGAAAGGAGAAACGAAGUUGCGAAGAAAUAAUCUGAAAUAAUUAUAGAAAUCCUUUUAGUUAUUAGUGUACAAACAUCUGUUAUUAAAUUUUAGUGAUAUUCUUCGACAAACCGUAAUAUUAUUUAUUUUGCUUAGUUACUGACAAGUACAAAACUAUCGGUUGUAUCAAAUCGGUAAAGGACAUUUUCUUGGGCGUAAAAAGAAAAUGGCGUGUGCUACUCUUAAAAGGAAUUUUGACUGGGAGUCCAUGGCACAGCUGCCAGCAAAGAGGCGAAGAUGUGCUCCAUUUGCUGCAAGCUCGAGCACAAGUCCUGGACUAAAAAUGACUGAAAAUAAAAGUUCAAUAUUUGGUGAGACCGUUAGUGCACCUGCAAAAUUGACCCCAGAGCGCAUGGCUCAGGAGAUAUGCGACGAGAUCAAGCGGCUGCAGCGUCGCCGCCAGCUGCGCCUCGCGUCGGGCGUGGCGUCGUGCUCGUCGUCCAGCGGCAGCGAGGGCGACUCGUCGCCGCCGCACCGCUCCGCGCAGGCGGCGCGGCAGAAGGUGCAUCGCCGCGCGCUCUUCACAUUCAAGCAGGUGCGCAUCAUCUGCGAGCGCAUGCUCAGCGACCAGGAGGCGGCGCUCAGAGCCGAGUACGAGACCGCGCUCAGCAACAAGCUCGCCGAGCAGUACGACGCCUUCGUGCGCUUCAACAUUGACCAGGUGCAGCGCCGGCCUCCUCCCAACACUUGCAUGCCGCUGGGCAUGGACGCAGAGCACCACAUGCACCAGGACCUUGUGCCCAGCUAUCUUUCCUAAUAACAGCGAAGCGGAUUUGCGGACUAAAACUGCAAACAAUAAUAUCAAGACAAACAUAUUUUGGUAUAUAUGUGAAAAUUAUAUGCGGGAAUAGUAUAGAAGUAUCCUAAUGGUUGAAAAUGUAACUUGUGAUGGUGGAAUUUGGCUGCUGUCAAUAUACAUAGCGUGGAAACUGUUAGGGCCCUUAACUUUCCAAAUAAAAUAGGUUUAUUUAUUUUUCUAAGUUAUUUCGGUAUAUUUCUCAACAGACCCCACAUUAGGCUACAUCAUCACUUGCCAGCAGGUGUGAUUGCAGCCGAGCGCUAGUCUAUACUUAAAUUUAAAAAAUAAAGACAGUUUAAAUACUAGCUGUAAUACCCCUAAGGCUGAGUUUUUUUUAUAGUUUUCGAAAACUGAAACUGUCCAGUAAUUUAGUUAACACACUAAAACUAACACGUCUUGUGAAAGGCCGCUUCCUUUAAGUGUGAGUUAAAUUUUCGAAUAGUAAACCUAAUUUAGCUAAUUUAGUUCCCCACAUGAAAACUCAUUUUUUUUUUUUUUUUUCACUUUAGGCAGGCAUUCAGGCGAAAACAAAAGUUGAAAACUAAAACCUGACUACGAAUUGUCUCAAUAAACGCUGAAAUUGUUUUUCUGUCGUUUGGUACAUUUGAAUGUGGUUGUACAUUUAUACUUGUGAACUCGGAAUUUUCUCCACUUUCAUUUCACUUGAUACAACCUGACUUUGACCUAUUUGCCACAUGAGAUGACAAACAGGUCAAAAGCCUUUUGCUUGCCAGUUAUGCAAGAGUAAAGGAGAUUGC